AUGCGACUUCAUGGACGGUACGGUAUAAUUGUUUCUGACUUGUUGUUUGCUGUAUUAAAAACGGGGUACGUUUUCAAAAAUUAUUUUGAGAUGUCGUUCGUCAACAGCUUCGUAUUCCUCUUAGUGAUACUUUCCUGUUACACUGAAUUAUGCCUCUGCCAUGAUGUUUUGGUUUUGACGGUUGCAACGGAGAAAAACGAUGCUUUACAGAGAUUCCUGAGGUCGUGUAACUUGAACGGAUUUAAAGUAAAGGUUCUUGGAGAAGGCAUUCAUUGGAGAGGUGGGUAUGUUGCGAAGUCAACUGGUGGUGGGCAGAAAGUCAAUUUGUUAAAAGAAGAACUAACUACAGGUGCUUACGAACCGGAUCAACUUAUUCUAUUUGUUGAUAGUUAUGAUGUUGUUUUCAUGCAAAAUGUGGAUAAAUUACUUGAGGAAUAUGAAAAGUUUAAAUCUAAAGUAAUAUUUUCUGCAGAGGAAUUUUGUUGGCCACAACCAAGCUUACAGAGCUUAUAUCCUGAAGUAGAUUCUGGUGAAAAACGUUAUUUAAACUCUGGCGGGUUUAUUGGACCAGCAUCUAAUUUGAUUAAAAUUAUCAAUCACGCACCUAUUAAAGAUGAUGAUGAUGAUCAACUAUAUUAUACAAACAUAUUUCUAGAUUCAACGUUAAGAACAUUGUAUGAUAUUGAACUUGACAAAACUUCAAGAAUUUUUCAAAAUCUAAAUGGAGCAUUCAGUGAUGUGGAAUUACAUUUUAAUGAUGAAACAGGAUAUCUAUUUAAUAAAAUAUUCUCUACAACUCCAAUUAUAGCUCAUGGUAAUGGACCAAUAAAGGUUGAAUUCAAUUCACUGUCAAAUUACCUUGCAUAUUCUUGGAGUCCUACAAAAAAUUGUCAACACUGUAAUGAAGACAAUAUUGAAUUUCAGGAUAUAUCAGACUACCCUCUAGUGGUCAUGGGAAUCUUCAUUGAACAGGGAACACCAUUCAUCGAAAGAUUCUUUGAACGAAUAGCAGCUUUAUCCUACCCAAAGUCCAGGCUUCAUAUAGUCGGUCAUAUGGCGGAGAACAGUAAAUUUCAAUCUUCAGUAGCGGAGUCGUUCAACCAAACUUUUGGACAUCAAUACUUUUCAGUCAGCUGGCUUGAGGAAAAUCUAGAUGAAGAAAUUGCAAGAAAGAAAGUAUUCGGAUAUUGUUUAGCAAUUGAAGAUUGUAAAUACGUGUUUGCAGUAGACAGCAUUGCUCAACUGGACAAUCCAGAAACUCUGAGUCAUUUGGUUAAAAUGAACCGUUCGAUAAUAGCACCUUUGUUAACUAUAAGAGGAAAAGCUUGGUCGAACUUCUGGGGAGCGUUAGAUGCUGAUGGGUUUUACGCUAGGUCUAGUGACUAUAUGGAUAUAAUACAUUACAAUAUAACAGGGAUUUGGAAUGUACCCCUGGUUAGGAGUGCCUACUUAAUAUCGCGAUGGGCAGUACGUAAACUGAUCGAUGUCAGUAACAGCGAAAUGAACUUUGCAUAUGAAGCAAGAAAUAAGAAUGUUUUUAUGUUCGUUGAUAACCAAAUGAACUUCGGAUAUCUGAUCGACGCCAAAAACUAUACGAAAGGUAAACUGCACAACGACUUGUGGCAAACGAUGGAAAAUCCCCAGGACUGGGAAGAAAAAUACAUACACCCGCAAUACUUCAACUUUGCGAAACCUGAAAUCACAAUGACAGAUAUUGAUCAGCCAUGCCCAGACGUAUUUUGGUUUCCUUUAGUAUCAGAAACUUUCUGCAAGCAUCUUAUCGAAGAAGUAGAAAACUAUGGACAAUGGUCUACAGGCGAUAACUAUGACCCACGAUUGGAAGGAGGAUACGAAAAUGUACCAACAAGAGAUAUUCACAUGCGCCAAAUUGGUUGGGAGGAGCACUGGCUGCAUAUUCUAGAAAAAUACGUCCAUAAGAUGCAAAAGAAACUUUUCCAAGGGUAUGACGAUAAGCCAUGGGCCCGUAUGAAUUUUGUCGUCAGAUACAAACCAGACGAACAACCUUCUUUGAGACCUCAUCACGAUGCAUCUUCUUACACAAUUAAUAUUGGACUCAACCAGCCUGGGAAAGACUACAAGGGAGGUGGGAUACGUUACAAUCGAUAUAACUGCUCAAUCGUCAAUACACGUGUUGGAUGGGCAGUAGUUAGUCCAGGAAGAGUGACUCAUCUACACGAAGGACUAGCAACGACAGAAGGGACACGAUACAUUUUUGUUACUUUUGUCAAUCCCUAACUUUGUCGCCUUUGUACGUAUUUGUUUGGAAAAUUACAUUUAAUGGUAAUAAAA